UAAACGUUGUUGUAUUCCGAGUAAGCGUCGCAUUGACAACAUUUCCAUUAUUGUGAGUUUGAAUGCAAAGUGCUAUACAACUUGUCGGAAGAAAAAAUACAGAAGGACAAGUAAUAAACCAAUAAGACAAACGCCAUGGGGCAACUUCCGCGGCUUUUGUCCGUGGGUGUCGUCGCUGCUGCACUAACAAUUACUCUAUUGGUGAUACCAGCAUCGGCAAAUACUUGCAUCGUUGGUUGCCAUGGAUUGCAAUCGGGCAAGGGCCACGCAGAAGGCAAUACCUACACAUAUGCAUACGAAGGAACAUCCGUAACUGCAGUGACUGAAGCACAAGGUGACUCGACAGUUAAACUAAGUGCGACUGUUGAACUCUCGGUGAAGCCCGAUUGUGUUCGUCAAUUGAAAUUGAAAAACGUCCUUCUCAAUGGAACUCCGAUAAGCCAGAAGGAUGUGGAGCAGCAUGCUCUUCAAUUCAAUUACCACGAUGGACAUAUCGACACAAGUGUCUGCACUGAGCUCCAUGAUUCUCAAGCAUCUCUCAAUAUUAAAAGAGCUGUCGCGUCACUCUUCCAAACUGCAGUUAUGCAAGACAGCGGAGCUACAAUGCAUCGUGAGACCGACGUAUUCGGAAAUUGUGAGACUCAUUUCGAGUUUCAUAAGGAAGCCAAUAGGCUGACUGUUCGCAAACGUAAAAACUUGGCAGGCUGCUCCCAUCGUGAGAGUCUGCGCCAUGGGCUCUUCUACUCGACUUACGACGGAUCAUCCGAUAUUCAGACACUGCCAAUCCUCGACUCUCACCAGGAGAUCGAGCAGGUUCUCGACAAUGGAGUCCUCAAUAGCGUUAAAUCUACAGAAACUUACGUUUACAGGCCCUUUACCAGCGGCGAGGCGGGUGUGAAGACUAUUAUUCAGUCGAGUUUGACUUUAAAAUCAACCGCUGCUGAUGGACAAUCGCCCUCACCAGUGUCGGUUCCAAAGUCACUGAUAUUUGAGGCACCUCAUCCAGUCGUUGAAUCAUCCCCCGAGGCCAUUGUAAAUGCAUUGAAAGCUGUCAAAGAGUCUUCGAAACCCGAAGAAGUUAAAAAUGGAGCAGCUGAAAAAUUCGGGGACUUGAUAAAAGUCCUGCGUAAAAGCAAUAAGAACGAUAUUCUCAAUGUUUACAGGAGAGUCAAAUCGGGAGGAAGUGGAUUCGAUAAAAAUUACGAUAAAAAAAUUUUAUUGGAUGCACUUUAUAAAACUGGCACAGGCGAAGCGGCUGAGGUGGCUGUUGAUUUGAUAAAAAAUAAGGAACUCGAUAAUUAUCAGAAAUUGGGCUACUUGGCGAGUCUUUCAUUGAUUGAUCAUGUAAAUCUACCAGCGGUGACAGCAGUUGUGUCGCUCCUGGACGAUAAUGAUCUCCCCCGAAUCGGCUAUCUUGGCAUUGGUAAUGUCAUUGGUAAAUAUUGUCGAGACCACGAGUGCGAAAAUGUCCCUGAAGUGAAAGCAGCGCUCCAAAAAAUUUCAUCGAAAAUUCAGAGUGGAAAGCCGAAAAAUCGUAAAAGUGAGAACGAAAUGAUAGCGUCAUUGAAAGCACUUGGAAAUGCCAAAUACCUGGAUAAACCGACUAUCGAGACAAUGGUAAGAAUUAUCAAUGACCAGAGCAUUCACAAUCGCUUAAGAGUCGCUGCGAUUGAAGCCCUUCCAGCAAAAUGCAGUGGAGAUUGGACUAAGCCAAUGCUCGAUUUAUUUGGCAAUCGCGAAGAGGACAGUGAGAUUAGAAUCAAAGUCUACUUGAGCUUAGUUGCCUGUCCAUGUGGUAAAGUUGCUAAUCGUAUCAGGGAAGUUAUCGACAAAGAAACUGUUAAUCAAGUGGGAUCAUUCGUUACAAGUCAUUUGAAAAAUUUGCGAGCUUCCACUGAUCCGAGCAAAGCUAAUGCGAAGAAAUAUCUCCAGGAGAUAAAACCGCGUGGUAAAUUUCCCAUUGAUUUUCGUAAAUUCUCCUUCAAUAACGAAUUAUCGUACAAGAUCGAUAAACUUGGGGUUGGUUCGACUAUCGAACAGAAUAUAAUCUACAGUCAAAAAAGUUGGCUGCCACGUUCAACGAGUCUGAAUCUCACAACUGAAAUAUUCGGACGAUCAUUCAAUUUCUUGGAGGUUGACACACGAAUUGAAAAUUUGGACCGACUGAUUGAACAUUACUUCGGACCCAAGGGCAUCAUCAGGCGUUCUGAUCUGGCCGAUUUAAUUGUCAAUGGUAAAGACCAAUUUUCUGAUGUGUACGGUCGUGUGAAAGACCGUAUGGAUAAAUUAGGACGUGGACGUCGUGCUGCAUUAAAUUAUGGGGAUGUUGAUAGACUCACCAAAAAUAUACAACACGAUGACAGGCUUGAUGAUGAUCUUGAUAUCGAUAUAUCAAUAAAAAUGUUCGGUCUAGAACUGGCAUUUUUGGAUUUGAAGGAUAGCAGUGGCGACGAUGACAGAAGAGGAUCAACUGUCGACCAAAUCUUCAAGCUGAUAGAUGAAGCAAUGAACAAGGCGAAAAAUUUCGAUUACAGUACAUCAAAGCACAUGCACUUCAUGGACAUUGAUUUGAUAUACCCCACUGGUUUAGGAUUUCCCCUGUCCAUUGGAGUCGAAGGUAAUGGCGUAACGAACAUCAAGAGCAGUGGGAAAAUUGAUGUUCAAUCAAUUCUAAAAGAUCCCCAGAAUGCAGUAGUAAAAAUUGGACUGGAACCAAGUGUUAGUAUCACCAUCACAGGUAGUGUCACCAUUAAUACAUUUGGGGUUGAAAAUGGUCUAAAAGUGAUCGGUGAUGUUCACACAUCCACCGGUAGUGAUCUUUCCCUGAAAUUGCUCGGUGGCAAUGGCUUUGACAUAAGCUUCGGAAUUCCAAAGAAGAAGCAAGAAAUAAUAAGUGUAUCCAGUAAAGUGAUUUUCGUUGACAAAAAUGGAAUAAAAACACCAGUGAAAUAUGCCAAGGGCAAAGAGCACUCUGACUGCUUCGAUCAAUUUUCACCGAUUCUUGGAUUGACAAUUUGUGGACAUUUCUCGCAUCCUUACGACUCAAUUACAUCCAUCGACAAACGACCACUCUUCCCUCUCAGUGGACCAGCUAAAUUUGCCCUGAGUAUUGAAAAUACUGAUGCCACUUCUUACCAUUUACGUACCUUCUACGAUAAAUCAAAGGACAACUACAGAUCAUUGGAAAUUCUCUUUGACACACCGAACAGUCGGAGCAACAGAAAAGUUCUGGUGCGUGUCGAAGCAUCCAAUGAACCAACAAAGAAAUAUAUCAGAGCUGUCUUGGAUUCGCCAUUCAAACAGGCCGAUGGUCAAGUCACCCUUGAAAAUACUGAUAAGAAGAAGGCGUUAACAGUGACACUCAAGCACGACAAGGAUGAUUACUUUGGAUCAAUUGGAAUUGUUGCUAAUGGAAAUAAAUACAAACCAAUCUUGGAAUAUAGAGUACCUGAGCAUGUUGAAAAACUGGCCGGUGGCAAGGGUGAAGGAGCAGCUUACAAAGUCGAUGGUGAUAUCACUGUGAGUGAUCAGGAUCAGGUGAAGAAAUAUACAUUUGAUAAAAUAACGCUGAGUGCUCAUGGGAAGAAAUUAGCCAGCUGGGAUGGAUCUGUAUCAACAGGACCACGUUCACUCGCUGUUGAUGCCACCCUAUCUCACAAAGACGACAAUCUACACCUCAAAUUGGAUGGAAAAAUCAUCGAUCGUGGAUUUGAUCUGAAUUUGGCUGUUAUACCCUCCAAGAAUCCUAACAUUGGUUUCCAGUUGAUUUGGCACUAUGGUGCGAUUGAUGAAAUAAUUGAUCACUCAUUGGUGUUGACAUAUGGCGCUGAUCUUCAGUCGAAAACAAAUCGUCUGAGUUUAAUUGAACAUGCUGAAUACAAAAAGAAUGAACGUUCCACAGAUGUGUAUAUACCAUUGACAUCAGUCAAAUGCAAAUCGGAAAUUAGCUGGCCAGCUCAAAAUCUUGAUGGUAAAUAUGAAAUUGAAAUAUCGCCUAAAAAAUAUGAGACUGAAGCCCAUUUACACUAUGGAAAAUUCAAAAUUGGCACUGACAUAGAGAUUAAAAUUGACGAAACUGCUCCCUCAAACUGGGAAUUGGAAUUCGAGGCUUAUCUUAUUGACAGUAAGGUGUCAUUGGGUGCUAAGCAUGAGAAAUUAACUGACAGUAAAAGAAAGGUGGAGGGUAAACUUGAAAUACCUGGAGCUAAAUAUGAAGGUGAAGCUACAACUGUGUAUCAUGUUGAAGGGCCCAACGCUAACAUCGGACUCGCGAGUAAAUUGAAAUUAAAUGGAAAAAAAAUUGAAGUAAAUUAUAACUAUGAAAUGAGCCCUCAAAAAUUGCAUAGUAACGCUCUCGUGACAUUUGAUAAUACGAAAUACUUGGAAUACGUCUUGGACGGAACAAAAGGAGUAAAUCCUCGUGGCCAACUUACACUCACGAUAAAGAAAAUUAUAAUAAUGUCUGGUCAGUUUUCAUUUGAAAAUGGAAAAGGCAGCAGCAGCAUUGACAUCGACCUACCGAGGUUUGAGCGAAAGAUAAAGGGAACUGGAACACUAACAGUUAGUGGUACACAUCACGUUGCCAAUAUUGAAGUUUUCCUUGAUGCGGAAAAGGAUCCAAACAAGCGCAUCAAAAUCUCAACCGAUUGCGAUUUAACUAAAACUUCUAUCGAUACCAAAAACAUUAUUGAAAUUUUGACUUAUAAAAUUGAACUCAACGGAAAAGGAAAGUACACCGAUAAACAACGUGACAAUGGUGGUAAUGAUCGUGAUUUUGAUGGUACUAUUGACGUGCUCCUGCCAAAUGGUCGUUACCUCGUUACCAAUGGUGAGGGUAAAGUUAGUCGGGGAGCUGAUAAAACCAGAGUCAGUGGUAAAUACGAGGUAUUGUAUCACGAAAAUAAAGGUGGACAAGCACGUAAGAUCUCCUACGAAUAUGACGUCUCUACAACUGAACCGAAGAAAGACAACACUGACCUACACUAUAAAUUAUUACUCGAGAAUUAUGACAGUAAAAAUUUGCAAGUGGAUUUAACCAGUAAAUACGUUGGACCCAUGCAUCUGACUGGAAUGAAGAAGGUAGAUGUUGACUUCACUGUAUCAGGAUCUUAUUUACCCAAAGACUUCACGCUCACUUUGAACAGCGAUAGGGAGAGCAAGGAGAAAGGCUCUUGGAAAUUGCACUCAUCACUCGGUAAUGAUCUGUCAAUCACCGGUUCGGCCAAUUAUUUUGACGGUUGCAGUCAAAAGAAACCAAGCACCGGUGACAUAAACAUAGAAUUGCAAUUGCCAAGUGAAAAGCUUCGUAAUUUGAAAUACCAGAGUACAGGUAGUCUUCAACUACCCCACGAUGAUGUUGGUGAUCUUGAAGGGUCUACUGAUCAUACACUCAUCUAUAAUGAUGAUAAGAAGAUCAGUGGAAAUCUCCAUGUUCGAGGAACUGGACUCCUCCCAGGACAGAAGAAGGAGAGUACAGCAACAUUAACACUAGUUGUUCUUAAAAAUUCACCACUAAUAAUCAACACAAAUGUUAAGUACCAUCCAUUUGGAGACAUGAAGGGAGGUAAUGGCUCAAUUACUGUUGAGUAUGGCGAUAAAAAAGUGGGUUUGAAUAUCGAUGCCAAGUACAAUAGAGAUCUCAGUCAUGUUGGUGUGAACGUAAAAGCCACAACACCUUCUGAAAAAUUACAAAAUGUUGAAUUCGGCAUUGAACGCAUUGUCAAUAAAGAUAAUGACGGAGGUACUAAUCAAUACAAUGUUCAUGUGGUUGCCGAUGGAAAGAAAUACGAUGUGAGCAGUGAAUUUGAAGUUAAUAAAAAUUCCAAACGUAUUGAUAUCACCUUAACAAGCCCCGAAGGUAAAACCGAAAUUAAUUCUUCGAUCAAUAUAAUUGGUGAGAACGAAUACAAGGGUACGUGGAAGGUGGUGUCACCAAAGGGCUUUGCUGUCGCUGAUGGUCACUUGAGGUUUGAGAAUAUCGAUGAUUUUGUCAUUGACUUUAACUUUGACAGUGACAGAAUUAAGGAGCGAAAGAUACACGCUGAAAUAACUUCGAUGCCAGCAGUGAAGACUGGCAAAAGAAUCAUCAUCACUGUUACAAGCGAUGGAAAAAAUAUUAUAACUGGAAGCACAAAUUAUAAUAAACGCGAUGAAGCUGGUAAAGUUAUUAUCGAGGGAAGUGGUAAUUUGAAAAUUGGCGAUACUACGAGAAGCUCUAAAUUCAUCUAUUCACGCAAACAACUGGUACGAAAGAAUGAUGGGGAAAAUGGUGUUGUCAUUAUGUUGAACGCUAAUUUCGGACCUUCAGCUGUUGUCGGAGAAUUGAAACUGUCUGAUAAAGAAAUCAAUAUAUUGAAUAGCUACUGCGAGAAGAGCAAAGAUUGCGCUCACUUUAAAAUUCGCUCGUUACUUGAUACCGAUCGUGAUUCACGUACGGAUCACCAAAUAACCAUCGAAGUGGACUUGAAGAAAUUCUAUGUACCUGUUGAAUUUGGAUUAAUAAUAACAAACAAAUAUCAGCCGAAAGAACUGACAUUCGAUCACGCUGCCAAUUUGUAUCUUCAGACAUCUAAGGAUAAAGCACAAUAUUCGUCGCACAUAUACUUGAAUCCUAAUGAUGGUGGUAUUGUUCUAACAGUUCCAACUCGUGAAAUUGCCGUGAUAUCAUCAGUGAAUAUACCAAAAUCCAAAGUUCCAGUGGGGCCAUUUAAGGUUGAAAUCUCAGUUUACUUGGACAGGAAGAAUCAUCCCAAUGACAAGACAAGUCUUGUUGCCACUGGUGAUAUUAUUGGAGAUAAAAAUUCCGCUGGAAUAUCUGGUGAAGGUCGUCUUAUUUAUCCAGCCCAAACCAAGGACAUGAUGAUCAAGGGAAAAAUUUUGACCAGCAGUGAGCGAUACCUUGAUGCUAACGUUGAUUUGGAUCUUUUUGCCAAGAAAACUCAGAAAAUAACAGUUGUUGCUCAAAUUAUCAAAACUCCAUUGGAAAAGGGUUGCAACAUAACUGGUCUACUUGAUGUAACAAGUCGUGGGCAACAAUUGAAAGUUAAUUUGAAGGAAAAUCUUGCUGUAUCACCCAAUGAAAUAAAUAUUGAAUCAUCUCUGUCUUACAAUGAUAAAAAUCAAAAGCCCAAAACAUUGGGGGCCCUUUUAAAUGCUAAUAUCAGACAGAUUAAUCUCAAAAUUCAAGGACCCAACAAAUAUCUGAUACAAUCAGAUUCCACCAUUGAAUUGACCAAGAAAAAACAGAAGAUUGAGACGAAGUAUCAAAUUCUUGAAAAUCCAGCUAUUGUGGUCAAUUUUGAGGCAAAUGAUUUGAAUAACUUUAAGUAUCAAAGCUAUCAACAGGAUAAACCGGAUAAUAAAUUAAUUGUUAGUGGUAGAGUUGUUAGUGGACAAGAGGCUGAACUUCAUGCUGAUGUAUUUAUCAAUGGUGAACAGAAGCAAUUGUACAAUAUUGCUAUUUAUCUAGACGAAAGUCGUUUCCUCAAACCAACUCUUGUCUAUAAUAAGGACAAUAUCAUUUAUCUGAUUGACUUGUACAGAGGCAAAUUGGUAAAAUACGGUCAAAUGUUGAAAGAAACUGGCAAGGACAUCAAUGAUGAGGCAUCAGUUGAAUUGAAGGACUUACUCGAUCAUCUGAAGAAAUCACAGCCAAAUUUCAAACCAGUGAUUGAUUAUUAUGAGCAAGAAUUGGCCAAAUUGAAGGAAGAGAUCAAAAGCGAUAAAAUUCUACACGAAAUUAUUGAUGCAUACACCAAAGUUUUUGGAGGCAUAACAACAGCGAUUGUACAAAUAGUUAAACAAUCGAGUGAGCAAAUUCAACAAUUGAACAAACAAUUAAAUGAAAUUAUAGAAAAAUUGAAUGAAGCCAUCAGGACAACUAUGCCAAAGAUCAAGGAGUCUGUUGAUAAAAUUUCCAAAGCUGUUGAAGAAAUAGUUGAUGCUGCUAGUAAAUUGGUUGCCACAUAUGUCAAAGCUAUCAUCAAUAUCAUCAACGAGCAUCAGAAAGAAUUGAAAGAAUUGCUAACGUUGAUCAGUGAAAUUGCCCAUGACAUUAUAAAAAUUGUUUCCAAGGGUGUCAAACAAAUUGAGGGCGAUGUGAAUCAUUUUGUCUCAAUGGUGAUUCAACAAAUUAAAUCUCUUCCAAUCAAUGAAAUGCUUCCAUCAUUAUCAAAAUACAAAUGGGCGGAUAUUGCCAACUACAAAAUACCAGAGGCAAUUUUGAUGCCAAUUGAGGAAGCAGUUCUUCAAUUUACAAAACUUCUGCCAACCGAGGAAUUACGUGAAUUCGUCACAAUCACAUACAACUACUUGAUGAAGAUUCUUAAGCACGAGAAAGUCGAUGAACAAACUGAGAUUAAAAAUAUUUAUACCCACGGAAUUGACGCUGCACGAUCAAUAAUAGCACUCAUACAGCAUCAAGACAUCAACAACGAACUUUAUGGUCUCUUCGGAGAAAAUAUAUUGGCCAACGUCAACUACAUAAAACAACUCGCAGGUCUUCCAAUUCUUAAAUUAUCCAUCAUCAAUGUCAUACGAAACGGUGAACUGCCAAGUGUUAGUGAUUUAUACUACACUUACCGUCCAACAGCCCGUGCCUCAGACAUCAUACCACCAUUCAGUAAAAUGGCAAUUGUCGUUGAAGGUGGACACUUCUUCACAUUCGACGGACGUCACUUGACAAUGCCUGGCACAUGUGAUUAUGUCUUGGCCCACGAUACAGUGGAUGGAAAUUUCACUAUCAUCGGUAGUUUCAAUGGUGGAAAGUUCAUAAGUCUCACCAUAGUAGCACCCGGCGAGAGUAUAACCCUCAAAUCCAAUGGCAACAUCUUGGUGGACGAUAAACCAGCUGAGUAUCCAGCCAACACCAAAAAUCUUCACGCAUUUUUGACACUUCCCAUCGUCAACGUUAAAUCCGAUUACGGCGUCCAUGUUGCCUGCAGUCAGAAGGCCCCAAUGAUCUGUAGCGUCUACGUCUCUGGUUUUUACCAUGGAAAAUUGCGUGGUAUCUUCGGUGAUGCUGAUAACGAGCCUUACGAUGACUUUACACUUCCCACAAACGCCAUUACCGAGAAGGAAUCCGACUUCGGCAAUGCAUACAGAAUAAAUCCAGCUUGUCCAGCUGCUCCAGCUGUUGAUCACUAUCACAGUCACACACGUAAUCCCACAUGCACUUCUUACUUCACUGACACUUCUUCGAUGAGUUCAUGCUUCAACUAUGUCAAUCCAACGCCAUUCCGUCAGGCCUGCGAUCAUGCCACAGCUGCUGGAACUCCUCGAGCUGCCUGUCUAAUUUCAGCUGCCUACUACGCCGCUUGUCGCAAAGAACGCGUUUCCAUUUCAAUUCCAGCAGAAUGUGGAUCGUGCAAAGUUGGUAAAGAUACGGUCGCCAUUGGCAGCAGUUUCAGCGUUAAAAUACCCAAAAAAGAGGCUGACAUCGUCUUCUUCGUUGAACAAAACACGAAAAAUGAGGAGAUAUAUCAGAAUCUGAUUGUCCCUCUGAUGGCUGAAGUGAAAAAUGAAUUCAAAAACUACGGAAUCAAUGAUAUUCAUAUCGGAUUAAUUGGAUAUGGUGAGCACAUGAAGUGGCCACAACAUUAUACAACUGGUGGCAGUGCUAAUGUUAAUGGACCAGUUAAGAAUAUGAAGUUCUCGGAGUCGGCCAAUCCAAUAACGCUCAAACAAGCCAAAGAGGGCGAUCUUCAGACUAGAUUGAAUUAUGUUAAACAACGAGUGGAUGUUGAACUUGGUACAUUUGCCAUUACUGAUGCUUAUGAGGAAGCUAUAAGGUAUCCCUUCAGAAUUGGAUCUGCAAAGGCAGUUGUUGGCAUUGUGGCAACACCUUGUGAGAAGAGCCCGUUACCACUGUCUCUUCAACAAGUCAGAUUAUUCAUGGGACAACAAGUUUAUCGGGAUCUUGGAUUGACUUAUCAUCAUAUUGGCCCCUUAAAUGAUAUAUGGGUUUCUGGUAAAGUGCAAAAGAAUGUUGUAGGAUACGAUUCGACUGAUGGGUAUACAUUUGCGGAUAGUAAAAACAAACCGUUGGAUGGAAGUAUCGAUAAAAAUAACUUGGUUCUGACUAGCAACGAUGUCUGCGCCGGAUUUGCCGUAUCUUCGGGAGGUGCAGCUUUCAGUUCAAACAACUUCCUCGAUGCUAAACCCAAUCAACAAAAACAAUUUAUACAAGUGGCAGCGAGACGAAUUGUCGAUGGCAUGGCAAAUGCCGAAUUGCAAGAAGACUGUGUCUGUAAACAACAGUCAGGACUUAAUGGUUACGCUAACUGCAAAAUUGUUGGUCGCAAAGAGAAAGGAGCUCUUAGUAGACAAACUAGGGGUUCCAUCAAGACAUUGAGACACUGGGGUUGAGACAUUCCAAGGUCCAUAUAAUGCUCCCUGUUCCACGAGCCACAUGAAAUUUUUUACUUUUGUGAGAGAGACAAUGAGAAAAGAAAGAAACUAAAUAUAUUAUUAAAUC